AUGCAAUCCCGAAGGAAUGAAGAUUUGGCAACACAAUCGAGGUUAAGGGUAAGUAGAUUGAAAUUGGGUCAUGUAGAACCUUAUUUGAUGCCCCGUUCACCGCGUUCUAGGAGGAGUUUGAGUCCUCGGAGAGUGAUGGGUGGAAACCGGAGGAGCAGUUCAUUGGAGUGGAGGCAAUAUAGUUAUUUGGGUGAGGGGAGAGGGGAGAGAGCGAGGUCGAGGUCGCCCCCUUCUCGGCAGGUGCAGCAAAGGGCUAACUAUGAUGAGGGGGUGUUAAGGUAUGAGUUGCGGCAAAGACAUGAUAUUUUUGAGUAUACGGAUGUGAAUGCUGCUGUGGACACUAAUUCAAAACGUGAAUAUGGUUAUGAACAUUCUAGGUCUAGGGACGUUAGGGAAAAGGAUACUGGCGGUGAUAGACUACAAAGCCGUAGAAUGUUGGAUACUGGCGCACAUGGGAUGUUGGGUCAGAAAUCGAUGCGAUCAGAAGACGAUAAGAGCCGAGGAAUGUCUAGGUUACCUUCGGAUUCAGGACACACCUUGAGUUAUGGUGAAGGUGGUGGGAAUUUUGCAUCAUCAUUGUCACUGAAUCGGGAUUUAGGUCUGUUUAAGGACGAGAGAAUUCGGUAUCCAGACCCAUUACUAUUGGGCAAAUUAUCAGCAAUGGAAGAAUCAUAUGUAAAAGGAGAAAAUCCAAUAUUUCAUCCAAAGGAUGUUUCUUAUUCCUCAGUGCCAGAAUAUCAAACCAAGGAUUUGAUGCCAACUUCUGUGUUCAAGGAUUUUGUGAGUAAAUCUGCUGGAACCUCAAGGACAAAUUUCUCAGGUUCUUACCAAGGUGAUGAGCCUUUUGCUGCAGAUAAAUAUGCGAGGAUCUCUGCAAAAUUUGCAGAACCUGCUGUGUUAAGUGGGCAUGGCCAAAGGCACAUCUUGGACACGGGAAAAAACCUUGAAGCAGAACAUAAGGAUAUGACAUACUACAGACAGGACAUAUAUAGCCCCACCGGGCCAGAGCAUCAGGAUCAUUUAUAUCCUAGGACAAGAGAGAAUGUUGAUUUUGGAUAUCCAUCUGAUGAGUUAUGUAGAAGAAUGUCGUUACAUGAACAAGUAGAUCAUGACCGUAGAGAUAUGUUAAGAUCAUACAUGGGGGACCCAGUCAAAGAACAGAUUGAUCAUACUGAAAGUUCUUACAGGAAUCUGGGUGAUAGCAGUCUAUGGGAUCAUCCUUCUUCACAAAAGCAAAGAGUUUCAGACUACAUUGGCAUGAGCAGAUCUCCAGCUGCACAAAGACAAGAUGGGCAGUACUUAAAUUCUAGAAGCCCCCGUUUUGAGUUGAGGAGGAGAGCACCAAGAGAACAAGAUAUACCUUAUACUGGAUCACAAGACCAUGAAAUCCUGCAUACAAGAGUAGAUUAUGGUUUUGGAAGAGAUGCUGGUCCAGUGUUUCAUGAUGACAGAAUGAGGAGUUCACCUCAGUUUCAGUAUGAAUCAAAAAUGCAUAGAUCAAGAACUCAGGGAUUGAAAGCAAAAGAACUUGGCAUAAAUGACCCAUCUGAUAGGGUGCUCAAGAGAAAGUACAUGAUGGAUGAACAAAUGAACCGGCACAAUUCUAGAAGUUUUAUGUCAAGUAGAGGGACUGCUUUUAGUAUUACUGAGGAUCUCAAUGAUAGAGGUGAGGACUGGAUUGGUGAAGAGAUGAGUGGUUCACCUCUAUCUAAAAGUCUGGGCCAUGACAAUGGCAGUUACAGAAUGGCAGAGAGGAUGUUCUAUGGGACUGAUCGAAAUAGAGGUUCUGCAUCUCAGGAUUGGUUGUCAUCUCAUGAUCCAGUGGAACAUGGGCCAGAGCUGUCUAUCAAACCAUACAAAUCUCGUGGUAAAUAUUUGAAGGGCCAUCCAAGAUCUGGUUCUCUAAGCUGGUAUGACUCAUACCGUGUCAAUCGAAGCCAUGCCCUUCCCAAACGACGCAAUGUUUGGAUAAGAGGUAUGGACAACAAUCAAGUGGAUGUACAUCCAAAUGAAAAUGAAGUUAAACAAUCAGAUGAUUUGGUGAGUUGGGGAAAGCCUGAGCCACCAGAGGAUUCUGAGGAGUUUAAGCAACUUGUACAUAACUACUACUUAUCUUUCACCAGAAAGUUGAAUGACAACCCAGUUGUUCGAAAAAGAUACAAGGAAGAAGGAAGAGCUGGUAGCUUGUUCUGCAUCGUUUGUGGCAGAAGGGAUGUCCUGGGAAAUCCUAUGUAG